AAGCAGUGUCACGGCACAGCUCCAGCUGAGAGAGUUGGGGCCUGACCCCAACCCGUCCCGAGGCUGUUUUCUAAUGGCGUGAAUGUGCUUUGGGAGACGUUCGUUUCCGUCAGACCUGCUUUUCCACUCUGACGCCACCCGGGUACCCGAGAGUGAACCUAUUACCGGAAGUCGCCGAGUGUGUUGACACCUGUGCCGACUCCUCAGGUGAGAGCCGUCGGUUGUUCCAGCUAGGAGCGUCCAUACAGUCAACCAAAAGUUGGGGGAAAAUCGGAGACCGGGUGUUUGUUCGACGCGAGGGAGGUCUGUGUGCCAGUUCUGCUCGUUUUCACGGGAGUAUUAUUGAAGAGGGGCAGCGUCGUGUGCCGAAGCAAGGACCGACCAUGUUUGUCAGCGGGUUGGUUUCGGUGGCUUUGUUCUUUCACGUAGCCACAGGUGUAAGGGGCUUUUCAGUCACUACCACAACUCCAAAUGUGAGGGUGAAAGAGAAUGAAGGGACUGACCUUACAUGUGCUUAUUCAGCUGACUUUGGUUCAAAAGCCAGAGUUGAGUGGAAAUUUAGGGACUUAAAAGGCUCACAGACAUAUGUGGUCUUUGAUGGGAAACCAACAACGUCAUAUUCCAACCGAGUGACGAUGUACGGCAGCAAUCUGAGAUUCUCCAAAAUGACCCGUAAUGAUAAUGGAGCGUACGACUGUGAGGUGUCUGGCAACAGCCAGUAUGGGGAAGUCAAGGUGAACGUGACUGUUCUGGUUCCUCCAGGUCAGCCUUUGUGUAGGGCCCCCUCCUCGGUGACGACAGGCAGGAAUGCCCUCCUGUCCUGCCAUGACAGCGUUGGCUCCCCUCCUCCCAAAUACCUUUGGUACAAAGAUGGCAUCCCGCUGCCCCUCGAGCCUAACAAGAUUUCUGGCUUCAAAAAUGCCACCUACAGGAUAAACCAAGAGAAUGGCAACCUGGAGUUUCCCUCAGUAACCAAGAUGGACUCAGGGCAGUACUACUGUGUCGCUUCCAAUGAUGCUGGUCCUCCUCAGCGCUGUAUAGCCUUGAAAAUGGAUGUCCGUGACCCAAACACAGGAGGAAUUGUUGCUGGGGUAAUUGUGGCUCUGUUGCUUCUGGGCCUACUGGUUUUUGGCAUUUGGUAUGCCAACAAGAAAGGAUACCUUCCCAAGAAGAGUGAAAGCAAACCAAAGCCCAACGUGGUCUACCAGCCCCCAUCAUUGUAUGGUGGUGAAGAUGAAGAUGGGGAUUUCAAACAGAAGUCAUCAUUCGUGGUAUAGUCUGCAAACAGAUGUCACUACAGGAAAAGGCAUUGAGUUUUAAAGUUCUGUCAGCGUGUUUUUUCUCCUGAUGGAUUUCUAUUUAAAAUUUUACUACAGAUAGGUAAUGAGACUUCUUUCAUAUGUUAAUAGUUUUUUGGUUUUUUUUUUUACUACAAUGAGCUGUGACGACUACUGAACCAUUUAGCGUAAUUGGAGUGUGUGAUUCUGUGUUUCUGAUUUUGUCUGCCUCCUAAUGAAAUAACUUUUUUUUCUCUUUGGUUCAAAUUAUGCAUCUGUAUGUAAAAACAACGAGUCAAAUGGAGUACAGAUAUUCGCUCUGCUGCUACUUGGAACUACAUCUGGGUAUAUAAAUGUAUUCAGUUAUUUUCUUCGCAAGGGAUUUUAACACAUGAGUACGAUAGACACUAUUUUCUCUGCAAAUGCUGUCUCUUGAUAGAACUUUUCAAAACUCUAGAGUUUAUUGACCCAUCACCUUAAUUUCCUCCAGUGCAACUCUCUCUGUCUGUGUCUGUCUUUUUCUUUUUUUCUUUUUUUAAACAAAGCACAAACUGUUGUAAAAUAUUAUUUUUCUGUUAAGGUUUAUUAAGGUGUACUUACCUGUAAAUAACAUUAAAUAAUUUUACGUUUUGUAAUUUAGAACAAUUUAAAAACCAGGAGUAGUUGUCACAGAGCUUCCUUACACUAACUGGCUUCAUUUGCGGCUAUCGUAGAGACUGUUUAUAUGACAUUAACAUUGUAGGUGCACAAUGGCAGAGCUCAUGCGUUGAUCUUUAAGGGGGUGUAGGCUGAGAGUUCAAUGGCGAAAUUAAUGUCAUCAGCAAACAAUUAAUUUUUUAAAGUUUUUAGAUGAUUUCCAGCAUGUUUGUAAGCUUCAUGUGGAGUCUUAUCAUAAUCACUAACUCCCCAAACUGUCCUGAUGUGAUGGUCCUAAUAUUAGUCCUGUUGUCUACCUCCAGACGCUAAAAUGAUUACAGACAUUGAUUUUGUAUCAUUUGUUAUGUUUAACAUCCGCAAAAUCUCAGGUCAUGUGAAUCGGUGUUUUUUUUUUAUAAGGUCUGACAUCAGUACAUAUCAUGAGCUUCUGUAAUCUAUCAGGUACAAUAUUUAAAUUGGGAAACACUGUACGUUUUCUACAUUUCCUAACCUUUGUUGACAUUUUAGAACUGAUGAUUGUAACUUUGCUUUAUAUAUUGGUUAAUAAAACUAGUUGUUAAGUUGA